AUGCCCCGGAUCUUGGUGCUCUUGCCGCUGCUUCUGGGCUGGGCCAUCGCUGACCCCUGCUACCAUCCAGGGGGUCGUCCCCGCUUCUGCCUCCCACCGGUGACCCAGCUGGCUGGCCUGGUGGUGUCCUGCGCCCAGGCCUGCUCCCUUUCUGCAGAGGGCCGCUUUGGCCCCCAGAACCCCUGUAAUAGCAGUCUGACACUGCAGCUGGGGGGCACCUUUCUUCUGAACUCCGUCAGCCUGCGCUUCUGCUCCCCAGGACCCCCCAGCCUGGUGCUGUCUGCAGCCUGGGCCCCGGGAGGCCCCUGGAGGGCUCUGUGGCGCAGACCCCCGUGGUCCGGAGCUCUGGGAGGCCCAGAGCGAGUGACCUUCCGAGCCGCUUCCAGCUUGAAAGCCCGCGUGGUGGCCAGUGAUCUCCGCCUGGAGCUGGGGGCCCCAGGGGGGCUGCUGGCAGCGAGAGUGAGGGGUCGCUGCCAGUGUCACGGCCACGCAGCCCGCUGUGCUGCCCGCACCCGGCCACCCCGCUGCCGCUGUCGCCACCACACCACGGGCCCCGGGUGCGAGAGCUGCCGUCCGUCUCAUCGCGACCGGCCCUGGCGGCCUGCCACGCCCCAGCACCCCCAUCCAUGCCUGCCCUGCUCCUGCAACCAGCAUGCCCGACGCUGCAGGUUCAACUCAGAGCUCUUCCGGCUGUCGGGGGGCCAGAGCGGGGGUGUCUGCGAGCGCUGUCGCCACCACACAGCAGGGCGCCACUGCCACUACUGCCAGCCUGGCUUCUGGAGGGACCCCGGGCAGCCACUCACCAGCCGCAAGGCCUGUCGGGCCUGCCAGUGCCAUCCAAUCGGGGCCACGGGCAGCACCUGCAACCAGACAAGUGGGCAGUGCGCCUGCAAAAUCGGGGUCACCGGUGCCACCUGUAGCCGCUGCGCCCCUGGCUUCCAGCAGAGCCGUUCCCCGAUGAUGCCCUGCCAAAGAAUCCCAGAGGCCGGGACCACCACUGCCACCCCACUGGGUGCUUACAGCUCUGACCCUCAGUGCCAGCUGCACUGCAGCCGCCCAGCCAGCGCCGUGCACAUGAGCCUUGGGCGGUUCUGCCAGCAGGACUACGUUCUCCGCGCACAGGUGCUGGGGUCUGUUGUGGCGGCAGGCCCCGCGUGGCGGCGGCUGGCAGUGCGUGUACUGACCGUGUACAAGCAGCGCGCCCAGGCCGUGCGCCGCGGCACCCAGGACGCCUGGGUGCCCCGGACCGAUCUGACCUGCGGCUGCUUGAGCCUCCGGCCUGGCACUGACUACCUGCUGCUGGGCAGUGCAGCUGGCGGCCCCGACCUGGCGCGCCUUGUCUUGGACCACCACAGCCUCGCGCUGCCCUGGAGGCCACACUGGGCCCGGCCGCUUCGGCGGCUGCAGCAGGAGGAGCGCGCGGGGGGCUGCCGCAGACUGCGGGCUCCCACGGCCGAACCCCUGGCCUGA